UCUUGUAUCUCGGUAUGAGUAGCUCGGCUUCCUCGUCGGCAGGAAUUACAUGGUAACUGUUGGCGACACAUCCAAGGAUAAAUUGAUCGAAAUGGAAGAUGUACGCCUACGGUACACGCCUCGAAAAAGUAUUGUGGUAUAGUAUUGAGAGAUGAUGGGCGUCGCGACAACGAAAAAAGACAAGGAUGAGGAAACAGAGUCCCAGAAAAUGGGGUCUCCACAAUGUGCGUUAGAUCCAGCUCAAUGGCAAUCUCAUAGAAAGAUAUUCGUGGUGAUCACUGGCCUUCUCAUGCUGUUCAACAGCGUAUUCGACUCAACGAUUCCCAGCGGUGGGAUUCGCUUCAUCGCAGACAGUCUCCAUGUCCAGAACGAAACGCAGCUGGUUCUACCCACUUCGGUCUAUCUUCUCGGUUAUGUGACCGGACCUCUUGCUUUUGCGCCCUUGAGUGAACUUCAUGGCCGACGUAUCGUGCUGGUGGGAACCUACGUCCUAUUCACCAUCUUCACUUUAGCCUGUGCCAUUGCUCCGAACUGGACUGCCUUGAUCAUCUUCCGAACUAUCUGUGGAAUUUGCGCAUCGAGCCCGAUUGCAGUCACGGGGGGCCUUUUCGCUGACGUUUAUCGCUCUCCUCUGGCUCGUGGGCGGACCAUGGCUCUGGCAAUGAUGGUGACGACCGCCGGGCCUCAGUUCGCUCCCCUUGUAGCAGGGUUCAUUGGACCGGUGGGGUGGCGAUGGAUCUUCUGGAUAUCCCUGAUCAUCGCCGGUGUCAGUCUUGUUCCCGUUCUGUUCCUUCCAGAGACGUCCCAGUCCGCCCUUGCGAAGCAGAAGACGGAGAAACAAGGAGAUGGAUUCGUCCUGAAGGCCCUCUCUCGACCUCUGUACAUGCUAUUCUGUGAACCAAUUAUUUCGUUCACAUGUCUCUACCUAUCCUAUGCCAGUGCAAUCUUCUUCAUGUACUUCGAGGCAUAUCCCCUGAUAUUCCAAGGCAUUUAUGGCAUGAGCGAUGGAAUCGCCGGCUUAGCAUUCAUUCCGAUCGCUGUUGGAGCUUGCAUCGGGAUGGCGCUUUUCUUGUGGUACGACGCGAUACUCCAGAGGGCAAAGGCGAGAAAGGCCAGCUGGUCCACCAUCGAGGAAUACCAACGACUUCCCCUGGCGUGUCUUGGGGGUCCUUUAUAUGUGUUGGCCUUGUUCUGGCUGGGCUGGACUGCCUCUGCCGGGACUCACUGGAUUGUGCCCAUGCUGGCUGGGAUACCGUUUGGGAUGGCCUUUUUCCUCAUUUUUGUCGCCCUCAUCAAUUAUCUGGUUGACGCGUAUCACGAAUACGCCGCCAGCGCUAUGGCAGCAGCCAGCUGUUGCCGCAGUGUUUUUGGCGCCGUUUUGCCACUUGCGUCCACUCCUAUGUUUCGUCAAUUGGGAAUCGCUUGGGGGUGUAGUCUUCUAGGGUUUUUGAGCCUUCUGAUGACUUUGAUUCCGUUUGUUUUUAUUCGGUAUGGGGAUCGACUUCGAGCAAGGAGCAAAUUCCAGCAGGGACUACGGGGUUAAGACAGAUGGAUGGUUAUAGUUGCAGGGGAAUCAAGCGAGUUAUCAACAUGGAGGGGCGCUUCCAGUUGCAACGACCCAGAUCUCCCUACUGCAAGCUCAAUUCGCACAAAGUAUUCCCUGGUAGCGUAGCAAUGGUAGAACUUCGGGACGACAACAAAGGCUAAUGGAUGGACAGAGAACUACCUCGCCCCAGGUGGUUCAAUAUAUAGUCAUUGUGAAUGUUUUAUGCCCGAAAUACGUCGGGAAAUGUAGGACAACCCAUACCGAACAGCCUUUACAGCUGAUCAAAGUACCUGGGCCAGAGAUUGCAGCCUCUCAGCUUUCUAGUUUCCUUUCAAGUCGUCCCUUUCAAUUAUGCCGGGUUGGUCUUCUCCGAGGCAGCAACGGAUGAC